AUGAGCCGAGCAGAAGAUAAAUAUGUUGCUAGCACGGUUUCUUCAGUUACUGAACCCGACCAAAAAGGAGAGAGGUCGCUUGUAUGGCGCCUUGAUCUCUUUUUCCUAAGUAUCGGUUUUCUCGGUUACGCCUUCAAAUACCUCGAUCAGACCAAUAUCAGCAAUGCAUAUGUCUCCGGGAUGGAGACGGAUCUGAAAUUGUAUGGAAAUGAGCUCAACUACUUUACCACUUUCUUCAACAUUGGGUAUAUGAUCAUGUUAUAUCCGUCGUGCAUCAUAAUUUCCCACGUCGGUCCAUCCAUUUGGCUACCAGCAUGCGAAGUAAUGUGGGGGAUAUUUACAUGUUGUUUGUCUACAGCCACAAGUGCCAAGGAGGUUUAUGGGCUUCGCUUUCUGAUCGGUUUCUUUGAAGGCGCGACCUGGCCAGGCUAUUUUACUAUCAUCAGGGUUUCUACUAUGCUCCUCUGCGCUUGGGCUGCUGCCCAUCUAGAGAAAGAGCCUCAAGUUCGAACGGUUCUUUUUGCGACCGGCACUCUAUUCUCAUACCUAUUCAGCGCUUUUCUGCCUAUUGCAGCUUACCCAUCUUCUGAGGCACCUAAUUGGCGAAUUGGUGCAAAGCUUUACCUCGGGCUUUCAGCUGUGGCUGCUGCAUUAUUUAUCAGUAUUUCCUUGAUAUUUAGAUGGCAGGCUAAACGAGAGAAGCGACGAGGAGAAUAA